UGUAAAUACGUGUCAUUUGAAUAGGUACUCCUUCUACUAUUCUAUUGUAUUUAUCCCUAUAUAAACGAGAAGUUUUUCUGAAAUUUUAUCAUUCGAAUAUCAAGACUGUAAGGAAAGGUAAGAAAGCAAUUUAAUAAUAUACAUUGAUAAUUAGUAUUAUAUUUUAUACAUAUUUAUUUGCUUGAAAUUAAAAUGUUUGUAGAAAAACAGCAUUCAAUAGAAAUGGAACAACAAUUAAAUAAUGUUGCUAAAAUGGAGAGCAAAUUGGAUGUCAAAAAAAUGUCUGAGUUGGAGGUUAAUAAAGAGUACAAAGUAACAGCUCUACAGAAGAUUCAUAAUGAAUACAAUGGAGUUAUGGCUACAUUAAAUGAUGAAUUUAAUGUCUUUCUACCCAGCAGAAUCGCCAAGUUUAUGAAAAAUAAUGAUUAUUUUACAAAAAUCGAGAAAGCAGCGAUCGAUGGAUGCUUGGAUCUUCUUUUUUUGGGAGGAAAAUACAACAAAUACAAAAAAAAUGAUUAUAAUAUAAAACUGAUAAACACCAAGACUAAGCGACUUUCAAAAAAUUGUAAAUUAUUGAAAGAUUUGACAAAAGAUGUUUACUAUGCUGUGACAAAAAUUCAAAGUUACUGUGGAAAAAAGUCUGGUGCAAGACUAUCAGUCGAAAUAAAUAAUAAAUAUACUGUUUUCUUACCUGAAAAUGAUGCUGAAUAUCAUUUUUAUAAUAAAAAAAAGUUCCUCGAAUUAGAGGAUGGUAUUAAAAGAAGAGUUUUAACAUUACAAUGUAUUGGAGAAAAUAAUCAAGUUGUAUUAUUAGAAAAUUGGCCUAAGCCUAUACACACAAUAUUCAAUAAAUAA